AUGGAAGUUGCUGAGGCGAUGUUUUCGAUCCCAAAGCCAAUUUUUGUUUCGCAGCCCCAGCCGCCGGUACUGCCAUCUUCGGGAAUACUCGAACAACCUAUGUCUACCCCCUUCAUUAGGCCGACCUCAUUUCAGUCGGCGCAACUUUCGGUACCGAAAAUUGAAGCCCCGUCUCUAUCAACCCCUGCCGCGAUACCGGUGCCGGUUCUGUCGCCUGCCGCCCUCACUUCCACCCCAAUCCCACUUCCUUCUCCCACCACGGCCCCACCAAACGACAUUCCGUUAUUCCCUCCUACGGACCUGAGCUCGAUGCCAAGGCCCAAGUCCGAGGCGGAAGCCAUUCCAGGGACCUCUGGCCAUGCCGUGUUACCUGUGUUAGCGCCAACCUUGCCGACGAUCAGUCGUCUUCCUCUGUUUAGCGCGGAACGGCCUGAGACUUCGCCGCUCCAGGGAAUGGCCAUCCAUGCGCGUGAACAAGCUGGGGACACCGUGCAGGGGGAUCAAGCCAAAGGGCCUGCCACCAUGGCGAGCGGUGGGCCAAAUUACGGCGGGCGAGUGGGUCCGAUCUGCCCUGGCUACGUCAUGUUUGGUGGCGCCCAGUAUCUCAGCUUCUUUCCAUUUUCUGCAUGUAGUCGUAAGGGAAUGAAUAGAUUGAAUCCAAAGUUGGAAUCGAGUCGCGAAAAUACCAAUUACCUCGCGGAGUUGAAACGCAUUCAAUUCAUGUCCGAUCAGUUAAAGGUGGCGCGGCGUUUCCUACGGUUAAAGGGUGCUGAAGGGAAGGCUAUCAGGAGGACCGAUCAAGUCACUGUUGCGCCUCCACAAGACGAUAUCCAAGACACUUUGCCUUAUGAAAGCGAGAUUGCUUUGACACCCAUAGAUCUUGAGAAGGGAACGAUUUGGACACUGGCGUGGGCCGGAACCCCUUUACAACUCCAGGACGCCCUUAGGAAGCAGGAUCCCGAAAGCAACACCCUUGACGCACUUGGUUACGUGACUCUGGGUAGACAUCAAUGGGGGCUGAAGCGAAACAAAGAUGAGUAUGUCUUGGGUCUGGGGAUGAAGGCAACAGCUUUGCAGUUUGCAGUGGUUUCCGGGAGACUAGAUAACGUCAUUCUGCUUCUCUUUAAUGGUGCGGCUGACUGUUUUGUGCCGCAUCUGUUUGACAUUUUGCCAAAGCGAGUUUAUAAUCUACUCAAAAAUGCCUUGAAAAAGCACUCCAUUAAGAAGAAGCCUCCAGCCCCACUACAAGUCUCUAGCAUUCCUUUGCAGAACAAUUUUUCAGAAAAUACCUAG